AGCUGUAGUUUGCUGGAGCGCUGCUGAAUGCUUGGCACACCUCACUUCGUCUUACCAACCAGGAUUGUAGUUUAAAGUGUAAACGACUGGCGAUUUUUACGCGUAGCGCAUGGAGCAGCGCAGUUUGGAGUAAAGAAAAAAAAGGGCUUCAGCCGAUCAACUCAACAUGAGUCGCCCUCCACUCUGUUUUCCUCCUUCACUUGCGGGAAGCGUACACCUGACGCAUCGCUCUCUUGCCCUGUGGAAGUGAUCUUCCUUUUAAAAUCGUCUCUGCUGGGUUAUUCUCCACUCUGCCAAAAAGGGAGUGUAUGGACCCAAGUGAUGAUCCAUGAUGAUGCUCGCUGAAGGGCCUCUCUGAGCUCAAACACACCAUCGUAGGACCUCGUGGAUGAAGAGGUGGUGGACCUGCUCCAGGACUAGAUCAUGGUGAAAGCUCAGCAGAACCAGCCAGUGAAAGGUGGGAUGCCCCGGAGGGAGAAGGGAAGCAAGGAAAAAGGAGGCGGUUUAAAGAAAGGGAAAGAGAGAAAGAAUGAGCUGAGAGGAAAGAAACAGAAAGAUAAGAAAGAAUCACACAGACAGAAGAAGAAGAAGACAUUGACAGUUAGCGAUGGCGAAGCACUGGACUGCUGUGUCCUGCUAACCCGUCUGGAGGAGAAAGGGGUUGUGGGCAAAGGAAAGGACGUACCAAAAACUGGGAAACAAAAGACUGUUAAAGUCAAAAAGAAGCUCCACUCCAGCUCCACUCAAAGAAAGACCAAAUGUGGUAAAUCUGGACUCAAGAAAACUUCCACAGCCAAUCAGCACGCACUGGAACCAAAAAUCAACCAAUCUGGCGCCUUACUCAUGUUGCCCACACCCGUCCUUGAGCCACGCAUGCGGAGAAUGGCCUCUCUUAAUGCUGAGGCUGUCAAUAGCUUGCUGCUCUACGGAAACAAGUCUCUCACAUCACAUCUCAUGAAGAAACAGCAGAUUUCCACUGAAGAUUCAACUAAAGACACUUUGACUAAAAAGGAACAUAGAGAUCAUAAAACCAAAAAGGUUCCUCCGAGAGUUAAAGCAGAUGUCAAAGAAAGACCCAAAAAACAGAAGCGGUCAGCAGCGGAGGCUCAGAACAUUGACUGGCUGAGUUUGUUUGCGCCAACGCCUCGGCGUCAGGCAGGCCUCACUGCUGCAGCACUGCUCAAACUCACCAGUGCCCAGUACGGGACCAAGAGGCAAAAAAAGCCAGAGUCCAAGAAAGUGAGUGAAAGUGAAUCUACAGCUUUGACUCAGGAUGAGAUUAGUGGUAAGCCUGUGUGUGGAGGAACUACACAGACCAAAAGAACAACACAUCCAAAACAUGACGAGCAACUUAAGCACAGAAAACAGGGUACAGAGGAUCCGGUCCAUUCCCAGCUGGGCUCUAGUGUCCAGGGAUGCUGUAGUUUAUGUAGGACAAAGGCUUUGGAUCCAGAGUGGAAAGGUGCCUCAGGGGGGCAGGAGUGUCUCAAACAUGCACUGCACCAUGGCUCCACGCUGGGAUUCUCCUUAAAAACAAUCAAAGAGGAGCAGGUAGAGACCGAGGUGUCUUCCUGCUACUGCUGCUCCCAGGAGAGGUGUGUCGAGUACUGUCAUAGACUGGCCCUCUUCCUGGAGGACAAGACCUUCAAGGAACCCGAGGACGGCUCUGUGUCCGAGGUGUUCCACCACCACCACCAUCACCAUCAUCAUCAUCACCACCAUCUCCAGUCCCCCCACUCUGUAUCCCACCCAGCAGCCAUAACCAUCAGCCCACACUCAUACACCUGUUUCCCUAGCUACUGUGUUCACUUCAGCCGCCCGGACACCUCCCCCUCCUCCAUACCACCCCUUGCUUUAUGCCCAAGGAGUGGCAAGAGACCCAAGCUGCUCCCCAGCUCUGGUCCGCAGCCCUCAGGGAUUUCUCAUCCAGUAUACUGCUGCAGCUCAGUGGAGGCGUGCUACGGAGAGCCCUGCAGGAUCAAUGGCUACUCCGCCUAUACCAGUGUGAUUCCAGCCAUUGCUAGAGGAGGGUGCUCCUUCAGCCCUGCAGACUGUACCAAAUGUAACCAUGGCAUCAAAAGAGAUGAUUAUUCAUCAACCCUCAAUGACCAUCACAGCCCCUCCUCCAUCCCCAUCUGUCCCAGCCCAAGAAUACUCACUGGCUGUCCCAUUCCCACUGUGCCUCCAGCCGGCCAAUCAGUGCCCCAUGUUCAGACUCCACUGUCCGACCCCAGCCAACCACAGCCUCCACUGCAGGUGGCGAAGGAGUGUCCGCAGAGUGCCAAGCAGCCCAGCGGGUCAAGGUCUGGCGCGCGCAGCACCAGCAGCAUCAGCUCGGCUGUCUGCCCUCUCAACAGGGAAAAGAAACAGAAGCUCAGCUCUGCCAGCGUCGGAGGGCGAACGGUUGCCAAGCAGCCAAAGAACGGCCGCCAAAAAACCACCAACGGCUGGCGGCCAGUUGGCCUGCCCUUUCAGAAGGAGGUUUUCUCUGUGGGAGAGGAAGCUAUGGUGCUGAGGAAGUGUUUCGAGGGAGUCCAGAGGGACGGGGAUCUGAUUCGGGUCAGAGACACUGUCCUGCUGAAAUCUGGACCUAGGAAAAAGACUCUGCCUUAUGUGGCCAAGAUCUCAGCUCUGUGGGAAGAGCCAGAGUCAGGAGAGUUGAUGAUGAGUUUGUUUUGGUACUACCGUCCAGAACACACACAGGGGGGACGAAACCCUAGUGUACAUUGUGAGAAUGAGAUCUUUGCGUCCCGUCACCAGGACGUGAACAGUGUGGCCUGUAUUGAAGACAAAUGCUACGUGCUAACAUUGGCACAGUAUUGCCGAUUUUGUGCCUUGGUAAAACGCCGUAGGGAGGGCGUACUUGACAGUGCCGCCUCUCUCGUGGUGCCACCCGUUAUUGGCAACACCAUGCCCACCCACCACUGUGUGCCCGAUGACGUCGACCCAGAGCUGGUGUUUUUCUGUCGACACGUCUAUGACUUCCGCUACGGACGCCUCCUCAAGAACCUGCAGUAGCUUCUGACAGACCAUGACACAUGUAGUAUGCCACAGGACGUGAGAUAAUGUUACUCUGGUUUCAUCCUCCACAACUUUAAUUAGCUCCAUAACAACCUUCUGCUUCUGUCAGAGAGGAACUGGAAGUUUAGGAUGAAGGAUUUGGAGAUGAGCUUAUUUUGUUUUUAAAUUUCAUAUUUACAUGCCACACAUUUAUGAAGUAAGAAUAAUGGUCUGACGUGUUAUUAUGGCAGUGUAAAUGUUCUUAAUCAUACUGGUGUUGUAGCAGCUGUAUGGCUGGAACCUGGAACGUACCCUGCUGUAGAAAAUGCUACUGUAGCUCUUAGAUUUCAUAGAUAUGAAGAGAGGUCGGUGUUACAUGUGAAUAAUGUUACUAUCUGCCUGAUAGAUAUCUGACACACAAAGUGUUUGAAUGAUAUGCCAUAAACAAAGAAUAUCUGAGGCAUAUCUGCUGCAUCGGUCUUGUGAAGAGACGAGAAACCAAGAGAAUGAUUUCUAAGUAGCUGAAGACUUGAUCACAUUGUCAUUGGAUUUCUCUGUAAUUUAUAGUUACUCGGUGUCCAUGCAGUUGCCUACAAGGCACUGUACUGAAGCUUUAUGGAAAGCUCUAGAGCAUUUUUUUAAGGAAUAGUUUUGGUAAUGUGCUUACUUCAUUUCUUGCCAAGAGUUACAUGAGAAGAUUGAUACCACUGUCGUCUGUAAUGUAAAUAUGAAGCCAGCGCCAGCAGAUGGUUAGCUUAGGCAAAGCUAAUUGGCAGUUGGUUCCAGUAUUUACAGUAUUCACCAUACAGACAUGGAAGUGGGAUUAAUCUUCUUAUCUGUAUUAAAUCUGUGUAAGAAAUCUAUUGUAGGGCUGCAACUAACAAUUCUUUUCAAUGCAGAUUCAUCUGCUAGUUGUUUUCUCAAAUAAUCAAUUAGUCAAAUCAGAAAAUAGAUAAAUAUGCCUAUCACAAUAUCCUAGAGCACAAUGCCAAGUCAUCAAAUGUCUUGUUUUCCAAAACUUAAAAUAUCCUAUUUAUGAAUAGAAUACCAAGAAAAUCAGCGAUUUCCCACAUUUGAGAACCUGUAAUUGUCAAAAGUUUGGCCUUUUGCUUGAAUGACUAAUGAAUUAAUCAACUAAUCAUUGCAUCUCUUAACUAUUCCUUUAAAUUUUCCAUAUUUAUGUAAUUCAUGUAAAGAUUGUCUUUCAGGAACAUUUCCCAACUUUUAACAUGGCUGUUAAGAAAGUUGCUGAUCAGAAAGUUUGAUUAAAGCUGCAGUGUGUAGAAUUUAGUGGCAUGGAAUAUUAUAUUCAUAAGUAUGUUUUAAUUAGUGUAUAAUCACCUGAAAAACUUUUUUUUUUAUGUUGUCAUUACCUUAGAAUGAGCCCUUUACAUUUAGAGAGGGUGCGGGUCCUCUUCCACAGAGUCUGCCAUGUUGCAACAUCAUGUUUAUACAGUAGCCCAGAAUGGACAAACCAAACACUAGAGAGGGUUUUGUGUUUUUUUUUUUUACAGGUUUCACAGCAACCAUAACUUCUCCUACAUGCUUAAAAGGGGAGGGGGAGGUGUAUUCAGUUAGCUGCAAUCUACAGCCUCACAGCUAGAUGCCACUAAAUCCUGGACACUGGUCUUUUUUAAAUCCAAUUCUUUAUUACCACACAAUGAAAUGUUUUUUGGCUACAUCUCUUGUGAGUUUCUGAGAGCAUUAUAGGUUUUAUGUCGUAUCUAUAACUCUGAAAUUUACCUUUUCGGACCGACCUGAACCCUGCAAAGAAAGCCCAGGUCAGUUUGUUUGGUUAUUGCAAUGUGAAGAUGUCCAAUGAACUGAGCAUUGAGGGAAUUUAUGUUUUGCCAUUGCUGAGGAAUAUUUUACUUUCUCAAAGCUGUUACCCAGAGGUGUGAUUCAACCCUGGUGUCAGCUAACUGUAUAUUUGCAUUUAUAUAUCUGGAUGAGUGUCAUGUUCAUGGCAGAUGGCCUCGGUUAGUCACCUAUAUUCUUGUUUCUUCACCGAUGAGAUGGUGAGUAAUGUAUUCAGUGUAGCAUUUAGAUCUGUGAUGAUGAUUCAUUCCUAUGUUUGAGAGAAGAUAUGUAUUUAUUUCUGUACUGAGAAAAUAUAAUUUAUUUUCAAAAGAUAAUUUUAAAGAAUAGUUUUAGAUGAGUGGCUUUCAUUCCUGAUUAGAAAGGAGGUAUCUCCUUAGCUGCACUGUCUAAGAUGAAAAGUGUGUGAGUCAUUUGCAAUAGUAAUUCUGUGACUGAUUGAGCUUGCUUGCCCAGUAAGAGCCUAUUAAAUAUUGUGUUGCAAUGUUGAAGUCCUUCGAGCAAAUUUGAGGACACAUAUUGAGUAAUUGGAAGGAAAUCUGAUAUAGUUUGAAGGACGUCUGUUACCAUUUGACCAGAUAUGCUUACCCGCAGGACCAAAAAGUAGUUUGGCCUCUCCCAGCUUCCUGUCAUUCUCCUUUCACUUCUCCUCAGAUAAUAAAGCUUUGCCGCUUCACCUUUAAAUGCCGAAUGCUACAAUGAUUUAAAAGUACCUUGCCAUUAGCCUGUGCCCUUGAUCUUGCUGCCUUAUAGAACAUUCCCAGCCUUUCAUUUAGAUAUGUGCACCCAUCUCAGCCUGGACAUACAAAGGUUCUUAGUGUGCUGAUCUUGAUUCCUGGAUGCUUGAGACGCAUCUGAGGUCCAUCUCAUUCAUGUGAUCUGUUUGCUCAAGUUUGAGUUUAAUUUAGAAUUAUUUUUAGUAUCCAAUACCUGUAGACUUUAUGGCUGUUAAAUAAGCAUAUUUUGAGAAAUUUGCUUAUUUUCUUUAAUUUAAUAAAUUAGAUGAAGCUGCUUAGCUUAGCUUAGCAUAAACACUGGAAACAGGAGAAACAGCUACAAAAUCCACCUACUUACACUCAUUAGGUUACUCAUUAACAAGUUAAAUCUCAUUUCUUUAAUCUGUACAAAAAUUAAACUGUAAAAAUUAUAAUUAGUGGUUUUAUGGGAGUAAUGUGCUGGGCUAUUUCUUGGCCAGGUGCAGUGACUUCUUAGAGUCGCACGUACUGUAAACUGACGUGUAUUUAGCCUUUUCAGAUUGUUUCCAGUCUGUAUGCUACGCUAAACUGACCUGCUCCUGACUGUAGCUUCAUAUCAUACAUAUGAAAGUGCUAUCAAUCUUCUCCUGUAAGUAUCAGCGAGAAAGUGCUUAGCAAAAAUAUCGAACCAUUCCUUUAAUAAGAUUUUUUUUUUUUUUAUUCCUCUCAAGUAACAGCAACUGUGGUCAGCUUGAAUUGCAUUAGUUGUGAUGAAUUUCAGCUGUGACAAGUUUUCAUGGCAGAUAAAAUUCAUCAAAGCACCCAAAGAAAUGUUCUCAAACCAUUUCUGCAGCAUAAGCCACCUCUCAACUUUUUGACUUGUCUGCCCACUAUCACAUUUUGCUAAGAUAUGACAAACUUCUGACCAAGCUUCAAGGGUGAUAGCACAGCAUUAAUGGGUAGAAUUUGGUGUAUUUUGGCGAAAUUAUGACACACUGGACAUACUGAGAGGCAACAGAGAAGCUGAGGACUGGUUUGAACUAUUUCUAUGGACACUUUCAUUUUAAGCUGACUGUACUACAUGAGGGAGGGAACUACAAACUAUUUACAGCCACCUUACACACACAUACACACACACACUCACACACAGGGUCCAGGAGAUGAUUAUUUGAUAGGAAGAUAGAUUUUGGGUGGGGUAUCAUUUUAAAAUACCCACAUCCUGUCUGCUUCUGCUUUACUCCCAAACGGUGGGCCUAGCUCAUUUUGUUUGUUGAAGCUUCAUUUAAAUUACAUAAUGGAUAAAUAAUGAUUUUCAUAUUAUAUUUGAUGCUGUUUGGCUGAAUUGGAAAGACUCCAACCCAUGUGAAUCUGCCUUCUCCGUAAACCAAAGGUUAGCAGUCAGUCUCAUAAUUACAGCAAACCUUUUCCACUUACUAAAUCAUGUUAUUGAAUAUUGAUUGAUGGUGGAUGUAGUGAAGCCCACACAGCACAAAUCAACACAGCAAAAUUAGGCAAACUACAUUUGGUUUGAUUUAGUUGUGCCAUUUUAAAUACCACUGGCUGUUCUGGAUCAGAGUUAGAAACCACACACAGCACAUACUGUAUUGUGGCCUUAGGAGUCACUCAGCAAACUAAUUAUGUUUAAUCAAGAUGUGUGAUACUUAUGUCUUAAUUGGUCCUCUGUGCCUGUUCCCAGUAACCCGUGUAUAUUCCAAGUGUUUUCCACAAAGAGAAGGACAAGCAGUUACUGUUGUUUUUACGCACCUUCCAAAUGCCUUUCAUUUUUGUCAGAUGACGUUGGUCCGAUCUUGAAUUACCGCAAAGAAAUGUUUGCACCAAAAAGAUAGAAGGGGGAGGGGGUAGUGACACAUGAAUUUAAUUUCAUUCCCAGGUGUACAAAAACCUAAAAAUUGGUUCUUCUGAUGUGAAUUUAUGUUCAUAUUCUUUGCAUGGCGUUUUGGAAAUAUCUUGGAAAUAUUAGUCACAGCACAGAUUAUUUGUAUGGUUUCAAAUGGACCUCUGUAAUAUAAGAAAGAUAUUUAAUUGUAAUAAAUAAUAUAUGAGUUUGAA